UGCUCGUCCGUUUUGGGGUGUGCUCGCCAAGCAGGGGCGCGCACUUGGGGUGAGAGCCCUGGGAGCAGUCCGGAGGGGGUGUGCUUGUGUUCGGCGGAAAUGUUAUGUGCGUUUGCCCAGCGCGCUCUUGACAGAGCCGCACGGGGCCCUGGAGGGCGGAAGGCCCUUGGAGAAGGACGGCUCCCAUCUCCGGGCAUCCCAGGCCGGAGCGGGUGCGGGCUGUCGUGUGCGGGGCCUGGAGCUUGGCCCGAACGCCCGGGCGCUGGGGCUGAGGUGAGGCCUCCCACCGCUCUGGAGCUGGGCAGACUCGGAUCAGUUCCCGCCAGGUCAUCCCGGAGCCGAGGCCCGAGUUCUCAAGGUCACGUGAGUGUGCGGGGACCACUCACCUCCCGCUGCUGUUGUGAAACGUCGAUGUCGUCACCUGCGUGGCACACUGCCACGGGUGAGGUUACGACGCCCCGAGCCAAGCCCUCUCAAUUCUGCACUCUCCAAGAGCCUGAGAAAAUGAACACAUCUCAGGCAUCAGUGUCCUUCAUGGAUGUGUGUGUGGACCUCACCGAGGAGGAGUGGCAGUGCCUAGGCCCCGCGCACAGGACCCUGUACAGAGAUGUGAUGUUGGAGAUCUACAGCCAUCUCGUCUCUGUGGGGUACUGCUCUACAAAACCAGAACUGAUCUUCAAGUUGGAACAAGGAGACAAUCUGUGGUCAUUAAAUAAGAAGAACCAACUUCUAAGCCCAAAUUCCCCAGAAGACUGCCAUCCUGAUAUUCUUUCAGAAAAGAACCCAGAAAAUCAAGGCAAACAUUUAUCACAAAUUUUAUUUAAAGCAUUGACUACAGGACCAGAAAUCUCUGCAAAACCAUAUGAUCCAGACAUAAACAUUUUUCCUACAAGAGUGAAGCCUUAUAAAUGUGACACCAUAGGUCCUACAUAUCUGGGUCUUAGCCCACUCUUCUCGCACACUCAGUGUUCAAGGGAAAAGGCAUAUGAGGUGAGCUUACAUGAGAAACGGCUCCUUGGUAGUAAGCACUGCAGAAUGAAUACUGGAAUGAAAUCUUUUGUUUAUAGUGAAUAUAGGGAACCCCUCAAUUACAUGGAGGAAGUUAAUCAGCAUCAAAAUAUUCAGAAUCUGCGACAAGUUUUUAACUAUAAUGAAAGUAGACAAGCUCUUGAAAAGGCUUCCCUCAAGAUAUCUCAGAGUACCCACCCCAAACUCAAAUAUUGUGGAUUCAAUAUAUCUGUGGAAACCCAAAGAAAUAAAUCAACCAUUAUUGUGUCUCAGGACAUUCCUCCAGAAGACAAGAGCCGUUAUGAGUUAAAUGAAAGCAGGAAUAGUUUCAGCCAGACCACUCAGAAAACGCCAAGAACAUCUUUCAUCCAGAAAUCAUACCAGGAACAACAGAGAAAUCAUACUGCGGUGAAGCACUUGAAAUAUGGAAAAAACCUCCAGCAUAAUCCAGCUCUCCUGCUAUAUGAGAGAACUCACACCACAGAUAAACCAUCUGAUCUUCCCAUGUGUACAUCCAGCUGCCAGGAAACUUGUGAUGUACAUCUCAGCUCUCACUUUAAGUUGAAGCCCCACGAAGGCAAUGAAUGUGGACAACCCCACUCUGUGGUCUUACUCCUGAUUCGGCCUCAGAAAAGUCACACAGGAGACAAACCUUACGAAAGUUAUGAGUCUCGGAGGGUCUUUGGUAAAAAUUCAUGCCUAAGUAAAGUACAGACACCUUACAUUUAUAAAUGUGAUAGCUGUGAGAAAACUUUCAAAACAAGGUCAGGCCUAAAAUGGCAUCAAAGAAAUCACACUGGGGACAAACCUUUUAAGUGUAAUGAAUGUAGGAAAUCCUUCAUCUUUAAGUCAAACCUCAUCUUACACCAGAGAACUCACACAGGGGAGAAACCCUUUAUAUGUGGAGUGGUCCAUAUGCUUUAAGAUUUUGAGGCACCUCCAUAUUAGUUCUUCAUAAUGGCUGCAUGGAUUUCAACGCCCCCC